GCCGAGCCGGUUCGCUCGGGGCCCGCGGGGAUCGCCGGCCCCAGGCCCGGCCCCGCUGCGGGGCGGUCCCGGUAAUCCCGGGCCAUCUGGCGCUGUAAUCGGCUGAAUCUGGGGUUAGCUCCGGCGGAGCCUGCAGCUUCCGGCCGGAAAACCGGGAGCCGGGCUGUGUCCGUGGGCAGGAGAACCGGAGCCGGGCUGUGUCCGUGGGCAGAAGAACCGGAGCCGGGCUGUGUCCGUGGGCAGGAGAACCGGAGCCGGGCUGUGUCCGUGGGCAGGAGAACCGGAGCGGGGCUGUGUCUUGUUAGAAGCUUGUCUCUGAAAGACUGGAAAGGAAUACAGAGCAUAAUGACUACUGCGGAUGAUAAACUGCUUGGUGAGAAGCUGCAGUAUUAUUACAGCAGCAGUGAGGGUGAGGAUGAAGACAGUGAGAAGGAGGAUAAAGAAGGGGAGAGCAGCAUUCCUGAAAGUGUGGGCGAGGUGGAGCUCAGCAGCGAUGGCAGCGCUGUCAACACAGGUCCCAAGGGAGUGAUCAAUGACUGGCGGAGGUUUAAGCAGCUGGAGACGGAGCAGCGGCAGGAGCAGCGCAGGGAGAUGGAGAGGCUCAUCAAGAAGCUCUCCAUGACGUGCAGGUCUCACUUGGAUGACGAGGCUGAGCAGCAGAAGCAGAAAGAGCUUCAGGAAAAAAUCAAUGGAAAGAUGACUUUACAGGAGUACAGCAUGAUCCACAAUGAUGAGGAUGAUGAGGAAUUCUUGCAGCGCUACAGGAAGCAGCGAAUGGAGGAGAUGAGGCAGCAGUUGUACAGUGGGCAGCAAUUCAAGCAGGUGUUUGAGAUCACCAGUGGGGAAGCAUUUCUGGACACCGUGGACAAAGAGCAUAAGGGCACACUGAUCAUGAUCCAUAUUUAUGAAGAUGAUAUCCCUGGCACUGAAUCCCUGAAUGGCUGCAUGAUCUGCCUGGCUGCAGAGUACCCAGCAGUGAAAUUCUGCAGAGUGAAGAGUUCACUCAUUGGUGCCAGCACUCGCUUCACUAACAAUGCCCUGCCAGCCCUGCUGGUCUACAAGGCAGGGGAGCUCAUUGGCAACUUCGUGCGCAUCACCGACCAGCUUGGAGAAGAUUUUUUUGCUGUAGACCUGGAGGCUUUUCUGCAGGAAUGUGGUUUGCUGCCAGAAAAAGACCUGCUGCUCCUGACUUCUAUACAUAAUCCAUCUGCAUGUUACAGUGAAGACAGUGAUCUGGAAAUAGACUGAGCCAUUUAUGCCAAGGGCCCGUAGGUGUAGUUGUGCUGUGGGAUGUUCUUGUGCUAGGGAUUGUUCUCUCUCCUCCAUCGUGUGGGUAUGUAUUCCUCCCCUUCAAGCACUUUGACUUUUGCUCAUUAAAAAUAACAACAAAUUCCUAACAUUUUCUUAAAUUAAUUCCAUAGCUACAACUAAAACAGUCUCAUUUCUAUGCAAUUCAAAUGUGUUUUACUUAACACAAAGUUCUAACAUGAUUCAGUCGGUUUAGGAAAUUGUCUGUUGCAAUGUCUCAGCAUCCUUGCACGUUUCAAUUGAGAUGUGGCCACCAACUCCCUAAGACAAGACCUGAGACUGCAAAUAAAAGAGUUUUUAACAUUCAGGACUUACUAAUUUAGUGCUGAACUGCACCACUUACAAGUGUGAGGUCCCAUGUUCCAUUCCACAGUUUGCAGUCUCCUUCCUGAGAGUAUCUAACACUUGGCCUUAAAUUUUUGUUCCUUUCUCAGUUACAAAUAACAGCAACCCCUGGCUUCAUCCUGAGAAUUGCUUUUCAGCUGGAGAGAGUUCUUCUUCCCUUAACCUUCCCUGAGACAUAAAUGCAUUUACAGCUCUUAAUCCUUUCUUGGGUUCUAAAACCCAUCCUUGGAGUUCAUAGUAGUUACUUGAUGAGAAAAUGAGCUCUGCCUCUUCAGAGAGACUGCCUGCUACAAAGAGCUCCAGCGUGUGUGCUGAACAGCAGCAAGGAGAAUUUUGUUGGCAAAAUGCAGAAUUAGGACUUGAAUAACCUCAGAAUAUCAUCCCAUGCUAAAAUUACUAAAUCAGUGGUAAAGUUCUUUUCUGUCUGCCUUCAGGAGUAGUAAGUAGAGUAUCAUUUCCUAAAUACAUGACCCAAUGUAAUGCCAUGUUUAAUGAUUAAAUUUAAUUGCAAUUUUUAUGUAAAGCACUUUGGAACACCAGGAAGAAUUGCAAAUGUGUCUGUGGAUCCUAAUAGGAUCUUAAUAAGAAUGGAUCUUGGGCUGGGAAAAGAAGAAUUUCUAACUGUAUCUAUUUGAACUGUGUUUUAAAAAGUAGUAUGAGCAGAAAAAUAAAUAAUCUGUCGUUUAAAAUGA